UGUCGCGAUUGGGUUGGGUUCGGUUUCGAUGUCGACACCAUCGUUUGGGGCGCGUGCGUGGCCGACCGGAGAACACAUCGCCGCCUCCAGGGGAUGGUGGUACUCCAACAACUGGUAGGACUCGACGCCCCCCUUGCCUGCACUCUAUUCUCCACGCUACGCGGUCCGCUCUCGCUACCGUCUCGUCCCGCCAGGGCUGUAAGCCGCCGACUAGCUCCGGGGGGGGUGGGGGACGCCUGCGAUGUGGCAGCUCGGCGGCCACCGACUCCUCGCGCCGGCGGUGGGGCUCAGGGCCACCUCCACGGCCGCGGUGUCGUCGUGCAGGGCCGUGAUGUUACCGCGGUUCGGUGGGCCCGAGGUCCGCGAGGUGCGUCCGGCCGUCGGCGUCCCAAGUCUAAAGCCGCGGGACGUGCUUGUCCGCUCCCGCGCCGUCUCCAUCAAUCCCCUGGACUUGCGGAUGCGAUCUGGUUAUGGCCGUUCCAUUUUUGAACCACUUUUGCCUCUAAUUAUUGGUCGUGACAUUAGCGGUGAAGUUGCAGCUGUUGGAACUUCAGUUUCUUCACUGACUGUUGGUCAAGAAGUUUUCGGUGCACUACAUCCAACAGCUGUUAGGGGUACUUAUGCAGAUUAUGCCAUUCUCUCAGAAGAUGAGUUGACACUUAAACCACCUUCAGCAACACGUGGAUCAAGACUUGCCAUUGGUUGUUCAAUAUCUUUCAUUGAUAUGUUUCCAGAUGCAAGUGCAAUACCAUUUGCUGCAUUGACAGCUUGGCGUGCUUUAAAAAGUACAGCUCGAAUAACUAAUGGUCAAAGGUUGUUAGUACUAGGUGGGGGAGGAGCAGUUGGACUAGCUGCAAUUCAGAUUGCAGUCGCCGCGGGGUGCAGUGUAUCAGCUACGUGUGGAAGCCAGAGCAUUGAGCGAGUUUUGGCAUUUGGUGCUGAACAAGCCAUUGAUUAUACUGCUGAGGACAUAGAAGUUGCAAUUAAAGGACAGUUCGAUGCUGUUCUUGACACUAUGGGUGUACCUGAAACUGAGAGAACAGGAAUCAAUCUUCUGAAGAAAGGUGGACACUAUAUGAUGCUACAGGGAGAAACAGCUUCUUUAGCUGAUAAGUAUGGGUUGGUCAUUGGUAUUCCCGCUGCCACUACUAUUUUGCUAAAGAAGCAACUUCAGUAUCGAUAUUCUCAUGGAAUAGAGUACUGGUGGACGUACAUGAGGGCUGAUGCUGAAGGUUUAGACGAGAUCCGCAGGCUUUCAGAAGCCGGGAAGCUGAAGAUACCUGUGGAGGAAACAUUCACCAUUGCCAAAGUUAGAAAAGCUCAUGAGGUGAAAGAGAAAAGAAUUAUACCUGGCAAGGUGGUUUUAGAAGUAGACUGAACACGACCCCAGAAACAUACUUUCUGCUCAAAAUGAAUUCUCAAGCCCUUAUUUUCUUUCUUCUCAUUUAUAGUUGGCCAAAAUGUAAUCAAAUCAAAUAUUUAAUUUAGGAAUCAAUUUUUAUUUCCUUACUUAUCAUUCUAAUUUAGGAAAUAUUAAUCUUGUUUUCUUAUUUAUCAUUGCAAAUUAGGAAAUGAUUAUUAAGCA